GGAUUUAGUCUUUUUGCAAACAUCAGAAGGAUGUUUCUUUAAAACUAUUCUUGCACCCGAAUGGUUGUUGGCGGCCGGGCUGCUAUUUAUACAUGCAUACUAGCUAGAUCACCGAACACAAAACCACAAGAACAAACUUCUUGAAAUUCAACAUGGAUUCGAGAUCAGCUUUGCUACUACUUGUUCUGCUAGUUUCCCCCUUUUUCACCAAUGCAUCGAGCAGACUCUACAUCGUGUACAUGGGGGAGAAGAAGCAUGAUGAUCCGUCUGUUGUCACGGCAUCGCAUCAUGACACGCUUACUUCUGUUCUUGGGAGUAAGGAUGGCGCCAUGAAGUCUAUAGUGUACAGUUACAAACAUGGGUUCUCUGGAUUUGCAGCGAUGCUCACCGAAUCCCAAGCUGAGGAACUUGCAAGAUUACCUGAAGUCAUCAGCGUGAAGCCUAACACUUACCAUCAAGCACAAACGACUCGAAGCUGGGAUUUUCUCGGCCUUAACUACAACGAACAAUCAGGUCUUCUAAAGAAAGCAAAGAACGGUGAAGAUGUCAUUGUCGGUGUCAUCGAUUCAGGUAUAUGGCCCGAAUCACGAAGCUUCGAUGACAAUGGCUACAGUCCCGUGCCAGCACGAUGGAAGGGCAAGUGCCAGACCGGCGCGGCGUUCAACGCCACCACGGGUUGCAACAGGAAGAUCAUCGGCGUACGAUGGUACUCGGGCGGCAUUCCCGACGAGAACCUGAAGGGCGAGUACAUGUCGGCGAGGGACCUCGGCGGCCACGGCACGCACGUCGCCUCGACGAUCGUCGGCGGGCAGGUACGGAACGUGAGCCACAGACAGGGCGGCGCCCUGGCUGCCGGCACGGCGCGCGGUGGGGCGCCGCGCGCGCGGGUCGCGGUCUACAAGGUGUGCUGGGGCCUGCGCGCCCAGUGUGGCGGAGCCGCGAUCCUCGCCGCCAUCGACGACGCCAUGAACGACGGCGUGGAUGUGCUGUCCCUGUCGAUAGGAGGCGCGGGCGAGCAUUACGAGACGCUCCACGCCGUGGCGAGAGGGAUCCCCGUCGUGUUCGGUGGCGGGAACGACGGCCCCACGCCGCAGAUCGUGAGGAACACCGUGCCGUGGGUCAUCACGGUGGCCGCCUCCACGAUCGACAGGGCCUUCCCCACGGUGAUAUCGCUCGGGAACAACAAGAAAUUUGUGGGGCAAUCUCUUUACUACAAUGCAACAGCAAGCAGCACCAAAUUUCAAAUGCUUGUUGAUGGAUCAAGCUGCGACACGCAGACGUUGGCGUCGAUCAACAUCACCAGCAAGGUCGUGCUGUGCUCGCCGCCGUCGCUGAUGCCACCUCGGCUGUCGCUGGGCGACAUCAUCGGCCGUGUCAUCAAGGCAGGCGCCAAUGGCCUCAUCUUCGUGCAGUACUCCGUCAGCAACGCCCUUGAUUUUCUGAAUGCCUGCAGCCGCGCCAGCGUGCCAUGUGUACUGGUGGACUACGAGAUCACACGCAGGAUCGAGUCAUACAUGACCAGCACAAGCACGCCCAUGGUGAAGGUGUCGUCGGCCAUGACGGUGGUCGGGAGUGGGGUGCUCUCACCAAGGAUCGCUGCAUUCUCGUCAAGAGGACCGAGCUCCUUGUUUCCCGGAAUACUGAAGCCUGAUAUUGCUGCGCCGGGAGUCAGUAUCCUCGCAGCUGUGGGUGAUUCGUACGAGCUCAAGUCUGGGACGUCCAUGGCGUGCCCGCAUGUAUCAGCAGUGGUGGCGUUGCUCAAGAUGGUUCACCCGGACUGGUCGCCUGCCAUGAUCAAGUCCGCCAUCGUCACUACUGCUUCGGUGACAGAUCGUUUUGGCAUGCCAAUCCAAGCUGAGGCAGUGCCAAGGAAAGUGGCUGACCCAUUCGACUUCGGUGGUGGCCACAUCGAACCGAAUAAAGCCAUUGACCCUGGCCUAGUAUAUGACAUUGAUCCAAGCCACUACACUAAGUUCUUCAACUGCACCCUUCCUGAAGCUGAGGAUGACUGCGAGUCCUACAUGGAGCAAAUCUAUCAGCUCAACCUCCCGUCAAUUGCAGUGCCAAACCUAAAGGACUCUGUCACGGUUUGGCGGACUGUCACCAAUGUUGGAGAAGCAGAAGCAACUUACCAUGCAGCGCUUGAGGCACCGGUUGGUAUGACUAUGUCAGUGGAACCUUCGGUGAUCACAUUCACUAGGGGUGGUAGUAGAAGUGUAACAUUUAAGGUGACAUUCACAACAACACAGAGAGUACAAGGUGGCUACACGUUUGGGAGUUUGACAUGGCUAGAUGGUAACACACACUCUGUGAGAAUUCCGAUUGCAGUUCGCACCAUAAUCCAGGACUUUGUUGCUGAUACUUCAUAAACUUUUAGCUAGAGAUAGUAAAUAUCUUCAUGCAAAGUUGGGUUGUACAUUUUUUUACAGAAGUCAAUGUGAUCCAUGUCAAUCUGGUGCAAUACUAGAAUUGUAAGACUGAAGUUCAAAUUGGUAUUGCAUUUCUUUGUCCAUGGUUAUAUAAACCCGACUUUUCCUCUCCCCUAGUAAACCCUAACUACCGCCGUGCUUUUCAACCUCGCCGCCGCCGGAGCGGGUCGCCGGUGUGCGGGCCAGCUGGGAUGGCGGCGGCGAGGCUUCCUCCUCUAUUCUUCCUAGGGUUGGGGUGGCGCUAUGGGUCUAUUUUCGAUCUGGCGAACGUCGCUAUGGUGGCGGCGCCGAUGGUGGUGGCGGCGGGGCCUGUUUGCGCCGGGAGGUGGCGGCGGUGCCCGGUGGCGGGGACGCCCUGGUGGCCGGCUAGGCGGUGGCGGUGAAGCUCUGGCGAAUAGCGCGGUGGUAGAAGCGCCGAUGGUGGUUGCGGCAAGUGCCCGUUGGUGGUCUGCCGGCGCGAUGGUGGUGAGGGCGCUGGUGGUGCUGAGGCAGCUGAUAGUGGAGGUGGCACUCCGGUGAUGUGCGGUCGUGGUUGCUGAGGUGGCUAGAACGUACAGGAGGCGUCGGUCGUGCUUGGUGGGCGGUGGUGGCGUUGGAAGGUGACAGAGGCUAGUCCUCCACCCCUUACUCUGCCACUGGCGGCCAGCAUGGCGUUGGUGGUCGAUGGUUGUGGUUUGGCCACGACUGUUUGUGACGACGGCAACGAAGGUUUUCGAUGGCAGCGUCCUAGGGACAGCGGCGAUUUGGCGAGCUCCGACGCCCCGUUCUGUGCUCGCUUGAGCUAAUGGUGCGAUGGUCGUCGACAUGCUUGAUGCAGAUAAGGAUGAUGGCAACGGAGGCUCUUGGCGGCAGCGUCCUAGAGACAGCAACUGCCACGUGGCGUCAGUGUCAAGGUCUGCUUGCGGAUAUGUGUGAAUAGUAAUGGAGCAUCUCCGGCAAGCUGAUGGCAGUAAAGGCAAGGUGCAUGUCAUGCUAGAUGGCUCAAUGGUACUCUAGGAGCUGCGUGAGUUCAAUGGUGUGCGGAAGACGGUGGUAGCGCGGCAAGGCGGUUUCAUGGUGCAAUAUGGGCGUUCGAAAUGUGGCAUCGACGUAAGGGGUUUUGGACGGCAACAGAGGAGAGCAGGUAUAGCAGUUGGCAGCAUAUGGUGGUUGAGUUAUGUAGAGACAGAGAUGGUGCGGCGACGGGUAGCAUGGACUAGUUCUGUUUCUCCUCUUCCCCCUACUCGCACUUGGUUGGAUAGAUUAAGUCCUUGAAGAAGGUUGAAGCUAAGUCUUCUAGCUUUUAUUUUUUGUGUUUGUGUGUGUUUUUCUGUGUGAGAUUUAGAGUAAGAACUCAUGUAAUAUUUUGGCUGUGUAUAUCCUUUGUAGAUAUAAAGGCCGGAUUAAUGAAAAAUCCACUAUCUAAAAAAUA